AUGAAGGAGUACGAUCAUUUGUUCAAAAUUAUCAUCAUUGGUGAUAGUGGCGCAGGGAAGUCCUCCCUGCUCCUUCGCUUCGCUGUAAGUCCAAGUACACAUCGCCAUAUCGCUAUGCAGGAUGACACUUACAGCGAGUCGUACAUGAGCACCAUAGGCGUUGAUUUCAAAAUCAAAACUGUCAAAAUCGACAAUGCCACAAUCAAACUGCAAAUCUGGGACACGGCAGGGCAGGAGCGAUUCAGGACCAUUACGUCGACCUACUACCGUGGAGCUCACGGCAUCAUCACGGUAUACGAUGUCACGAGUCGAGUUUCCUUCGAGAGUGUCAAGAAGACCUGGCUCACUGAUAUUGAAAAAUACUCGAACGCCAACAUCACCAAAAUCCUUAUUGGAAACAAAAUCGAUCUAGAGGACCAGCGCGCAGUCACUACCGACGAGGCGCGUGAAUUUGCUACGCAGCAUAAUAUGGACUACAUUGAGGCAUCAGCCAAGACGGCGCAAAAUGUUGAAAAGGCGUUCGAGUCAAUCGCCAGGACGCUGAAAGAUAAAGCAACAAGAUGCACCACAACCGCGCCUACUCCAAACACCUUCAACCUAGGCAGCACCACCCGUGUCGCCGCAAACAGAAACAUAGUUUCUGACAAAUGCCAGGAAGUGCCCGUUCUCGGACCCAUGGCCGCACCCCUCAACAAGUGCGCAUGA